CAACUGAGUGUCCUGAGGUGAUGGUAGCUCCUGACCAGGCUGAUUCCCUGGAGGCCUUUGUGCAGCUCCGAGUUGGCCAGGAUGAGGACGUUUUUGGAAAGGUGAUCAACAAUGUGGAGAGGGCCCAAGAGAGACAGAAAUUGUCAUACCGGCAGAGGAUGAAGAAGGGGGUCAAGUGCUUCAUCAUCCAACCUGGAAUGGAGGUCCUCAAGAAGGAUGCGAGGAAGAAAGGGAGACCUGGGCAAACCAUGGACCCAAACUGGAGCCAGACCAUCUACAGAGUUAUGGAGGUUCUUCCAAACAAUAUGGUUAGGCUGGAGACCCUGGAUGGAAAGCCCAAGCAUAUGAUAACCCCGUAUGCAUCACUAAAACCUCUGCGCCCGAGGACUCACCCUGGCUGGCCAAAGGAUUCCCCUUCAGCCCCUGUGCUUCCAGGAGAUGCUGAAAUGCUGACUUCUUCAUCGGAGGAGGAAACUGAGUGUCAUUGUUUCACGGACCACACAUAUGCUGGCCCCACAUCACCCUGGAAAAAGGAGCUGCACCCCGACCAGAAACAACUGCUCGAGUAUGUUUUGGCCUGCGAUCGUCCAGCUAUGGAACUGAUCGUUAAAGAGGGAGGGGUGUGUUUAACCCGAGAAGAGUUUUGGUCUCUGGGGUUGUCCAGAGACAUGGACUCCACGGGCAAAGAUGUCUUCAUUGCCAACAUGUAUAUUGUACCAACGUGGAAGCACAAAGACGUCGAUCCAAUGUCAAGCCUUCCAAGGGAUGCACAUCUAAAGGAUGCACUCCUCUUCCCAGCGUGGAGCAAGCACAACGGGCCGGAGCAUUACCUUCUCUGUCCAUGUUCCAGUGGUGUGCUACAGGGGUCCCCAACCACAGAGUCAUGGACCAGUACUGGAGCAUUGCGCAGCACAUCGUCCCAGGAAGCUGGAGUGAGCUCACUGGAAAAGACAUGCAGGAGAUCCCACGCCAGACCUCGGGGAAUGACUGUGGUGUUUUCAUGCUCAUGUACUCCCUCUGGCUCUGUGCGGACAAUACUUUUCACUACAGUGUGCUGGACAUGCAGUCAAUCCGGCGUUGGUGGUGUGUCCUUCUAAUGGAGCGCUUUGGCAUUGAAGGGUAGGACAACUUCUUGAAAUAUCUGAUGUAUUGUUUAUCAUGAUUAGUAACUGCCUGCGAUGAGGUGGCGACUUGUCCAGGGUGUACACUGCCUUCCGCCCGAAUGCAGCUGAGAUAGGGUACAGCGACCCCCCGCGACCCCAAAAAGGGACAAGCGGUAGAAAAUGGAUGGAUGGAUGGAUGGAUUAGUAACUGUAAUCUGAAGAGUUUUCUUCAAUUUCCCCUACAGGCAUGGCCAGAGGUUCUGUUAUUGGACAGACAAGGCGAGCGGCCUAUUGCAGGGCAUUCUUCAGCCAGUCUUUAGGGUAUCCAGAACUCAGUCCAGGCCAUCGACUGCGUCAUCAAAGAAUAACUGAAUACAGUACUGGUGCAGCUCGCGCAAUGUUUGGAACAAAACAUUUGUAAACAAU